CUUCUCUUGUUCUUUUGCUCAGCCACAUUGGGAUUAUCAUCAACAGAGGAUGAGGUUGAGGACCCCUGGUACCACAAAGCAUGCAAGUGUGAUUGCCAGGGAGGAGCCAAUGCUCUGUGGUCUUCGGGAGCUGCCUCUCUAGACUGUAUUCCAGAAUGCCCAUAUCACAAGCCCCUGGGUUUCGAGUCAGGGGAGGUCACACCAGAUCAGAUCACCUGCUCCAAUCCAGAGCAGUAUGUGGGGUGGUAUUCCUCAUGGACAGCAAACAAGGCCCGGCUCAACAGUCAAGGCUUCGGGUGCGCUUGGCUUUCCAAGUAUCAGGAUAGUAGCCAAUGGCUACAGAUAGACUUGAAGGAGAUCAAGGUGAUUUCGGGGAUCCUUACCCAAGGACGCUGUGACAUAGAUGAGUGGAUGACCAAGUACAGCGUGCAGUAUAGGACUGAUGAACGCCUGAACUGGAUUUACUAUAAGGAUCAGACUGGAAAUAAUCGGGUCUUCUAUGGAAACUCGGACCGGAGUUCUACAGUCCAGAAUUUACUGAGGCCCCCCAUCAUUUCCCGCUUCAUCCGACUGAUCCCUCUAGGCUGGCAUGUCCGAAUUGCCAUCCGGAUGGAGCUGCUUGAGUGUGCUAGCAAGUGUGCCUGA